UCUACUCGCUGUGACGUGUGGAGAUGAACUCGGCGCAAGUUGCCUGCGGCGAGAUUAGGAAGAGGGCUUCCCCGCUGGUGGCUGGUGCUAAGAGCUUGCAGCGAGUUGGUAGCGGCGGAAGCGACGUCAUCGACCCGGAGAUGGGUGUCGAGGCCGAGUCCCGGAAGCUGCCGCCCUCGCAGUACAAAGGCGUCGUCCCCCAGCCCAAUGGCCGGUGGGGCGCGCAGAUCUACGAGAAGCACCAGCGCGUCUGGCUCGGCACCUUCAACCGGGAGGCCGAGGCCGCGCGCGCCUACGACGUGGCCGUGCAGCGGUUCCGAGGCCGCGACGCCAUCACCAACCUCAGGCCGCUGAACGAUGCCGACAACAACGACGACGCGGCCGAGCUUUUCUUCCUUGGUUCUCAUUCCAAGGCGGAGAUCGUGGACAUGCUCAGAAAGCACACCUACAACGAGGAGCUACAGCAGAGCAAGCGAUCCUUCGGUGCCGACAAGAAGGCGGCUACUUCUCCCGGCGAUACGAAGUCACCUAUCGGAACCCAAAGGCAGGACCUCUUUGACAAGGCGAUGACGCCCAGCGACGUCGGCAAGCUCAACCGAUUAGUGAUACCGAAGCAUCACGCUGAGAAGCACCUCCCGGUGAUGGAGGCCGGUGGCGCCGCCAGCAGGGGCGUGCUGCUAAGCUUCGAGGACUCAAGCGGGAAGGUAUGGCGGUUCCGAUACUCCUACUGGAACAGCAGCCAGAGCUACGUGCUGACCAAAGGUUGGAGUCGGUUCGUCAAGGAGAAGGGCCUCGAGGCCGGCGACGUGGUCACCUUCCAAAGGUCGACUGGCCCGGGGAAGCAGCUGUUCAUCGAUUCCAAGUCGCCCGUGCAGAUCUUCAGGCUCUUCGGCGUCAACAUUGUUAGGACUCCGGUGGCAAGGAGUGCCGCCUGUUGCGGAACUGGAAAGAGGACCAGAGAUCAGAUGGAGUUGGCAUCAUCACAAGAUAUGGUCAAGAAGCAAUGCACAGAGUCUUUGUAGUGUUGUUGCCACUUUGCUUAGGCUAAUCGUCACUUCCCUCCAAAUAUUUCCCUUCAACUUCAAGUGUUAGUGUAUAUUAGACAGAGAUGGAAAAGCUGAAGCCUAAUGAACAGAAUGAUUGCACUAAAAGGUUCUUUUCCCCUCAUAUUGCUCUGUUCAAGGAGCUCUAUUUCCCUCAGAUUGUGCCAAAGAAUCACCGCACCAUGAAUCGAAUUAGGUUUGUGUGUAUUGUCUUGCUGGUCGUCAGCUUUCUUCUCUCUGCUACUGGAUACUGCAUAAGCUUUCAGAACACAGAAAAUUGGCGAGCAAGAAUUGCUUCCACCUUUGGGAAGAAAAUGAAACAGCUGAAGUUGGAAUCUGGAAGAGAUAGUCAAAGUCUUUCCAUGAUCUAACAUUCUCAACUGAGAAUGCAGGCGGAGGAAGACCGCAAAAGAGUUGUCUGCUGCUGCUUCCGAAAGAAGGCCAUCGGUCAAACUCGUGGAAUCAAGUAGCCUGUUGCUUAAGGCAGAGCAAGUUUCUGCAACUCAAGUUGCAGGUCGACGGACGACUAAUGGAGUUCUAUGACCAGAGCACAUGGCUGCCAGUUCACUCUGCUCGACCUUAGCAUUCAAAGGAAGACAUCUUCCUGACGGCGAUGCAUGGUUGUCCUGCCAUUCCUGUUGACUGCAACUUUCGGUCAACUGCGCGAUAAGUCUUUGUUCUGCUCUGCUACUGUCGUCUUCUCUGGAUCUGCGAUAGCUUUAGACAAGGUGCUGCAUGCUUUUUUCCGACCAUGUCCGCAUCAAAAGCAGGGUUGACUUUGAAAAGAUGUCCAUCGACCACGACGACUUUUCCAGCCAUUGGUAGCAGGCAGUGGCUGCAAACAGGCAAUUACUUACUGAAGAAACCAUGCUCCAAAGUCAAAUCUCCUCUGUUAAUAUUGGCUUUAAGCAGCAGACUUUGACAGGGUCUCGUUCUAAAGAUGCACUAAAAGAACAAAGUGCCGGUUGCUUUCUGAGCUCUCCAAGAGCUUCCCCUGCAAUGCUAACCAUUGCAUUACAGCAUGCUCAGGAAUCUACCUCGUCUUGCUGUCAGAUAUCUGCAGCAACCUUUGAUCUAAUUUGCUGUGUUUGGAGCACAAACAACUGAUUGCUGAGUCGAAGGGAGCCAUGCAAUUAGCUAUGAAACAUCAAUGACAGAGACCAAUAUUUCUGCCUUUUACUUGAUUGCACCUAUUGUUUCAUUAACCAUGUAUUCGUUAUUCCACCUAUUGUGAAUCUUCCACCCAUGUUUGGCCUCCUAUAGCUCUGUGGAUCCUUUCUUGGACAUUUCUGAUCAAUCAACAGAGACAUGUCUGGUCUGAAAGCAUAAACGAAGAUCCAGUCAAAGAUGUCAGUAGUACACGCAAUCCCAGAUCUUUUGAACUUUACUUUGCUCGAUAAGUUUACCUAGAUUUCCAAAUCAAGACUGUUUCUUGUGCAUGGCACCUGUUGCAGACAUCGAUACGCUCUUUGUUAUCCAGUCACAUCAAGGUUGUCGCCCAAGCUUGCAGAGGCUGGCACACGGUGUCCUCCUGUUCUCGCCACCAUCGUCUCUGAUCUCGCUUCAUGCUUCCAUUUCCAUUCUCCAAUCCAAGCAUGUCUAUCACUGUGCCUUGUUCUGCUUUCUGCUGCGGGAUAAAAGAGAGACAAAGCACCAGAAACUUGCUGCAUUGUUCCAUUCCAUGUAGAAUUCAGAUGAUCAAAUCCCUCAACGCAGAAUUCAGAA